GUUUCAUUGUAAACAAGCGUGUGUGCCGGUAUGGUCCUUUUAAAAAGGAUCAUUUAAUACUUACGAUUUCGAUUCAAUUAGAAGGCCAAGCAACAGUCCUCCAUCAAAUGGAGACUUGGUGCUAAUCAUUCCUUAAAUUGGUGACGCUCAGUACGGGGAAAUGUUUGUCCUGGCGGAACUUAAGGACAACGUGCGGAUAGCACCGGAACUGUUUGGCUUAAAGCUUCCCGAUGCAAUCAAGGAUCAGAUCAAUAGAAAACUGGCCAAUAAGGUACUGUUGAACGUUGGCCUCUGUAUCGCGCUCAAGGACAUCGUGAAGUUGGGCGACUCGAUCAUACUGCCCGGUGAUGGUGCAUCGCACACGGAGGUUAACUUCCGUUACAUCGUGUUCCGGCCGAUGGUGGGCGAUGUGAUAACGGGUAAAAUUCGUAGCUGCAGUCGCGAAGGUGUGCACGUUACGCUCGGAUUCUUUGACGACAUUCUGAUACCGCCAUCGGCCCUGCAACAUCCGUCACGCUACGAAGAAACGGAACAGGCGUGGGUCUGGGAGUACCCGCUGGAGGAUGGCAACACGCACGAUCUGUACAUGGACAUUGGCGAGAGCAUAAAGUUUCGCGUGUCUGGUGAGCUGUUUGAGGAGAGCUCACCGAUCGGUCCGCCCGAUCAGGAAGUGCCUUCAGGCACCGCCGGUUCCAGUUCGGCGGCGGGCACCGGCAGCAGUGCCGUGGGACAGGAGGGCAAUAAAACCCCGUACCGUAUUGUGGCGGCUAUCAACGAAUCUGGACUGGGGCUGCUGUCGUGGUGGGCACAGCAGAAUCAGGACGGCGACGCUGACGAGGAAGAAGCUGACGGUGACGAGGAAGAGCAAGAGGCGCCCGAGGGUCAGGAAAUGUCGGCAGAAGAUGAAUAA